AUGGAGCAAGAAGGUGGCAGAAUUGAAGGAAUGAACCUGGGCUCAGAAGGUGCUGCUGUGACCUUUGCGGACAUUGCCCCGUACUUCUCCAGGGAAGAAUGGCGCCUCCUUGAUGAAGCUCACAGACACCUGUACCUGGAUGUGAUGUUGGAGGACUUUGAACUUACAUCCUCUUUGGGUAAUGCCGUCACUGUGCCAGUGGGCGGGACUUCCGGCGUGCCAAUGGGCAUUCUGGUCUUACUCAGAGUCCGAUCGUCCGCAUUGCUCAAAAGCUCCAGAUUUUGGGUGCCGGUGGAGAUGCGGGGGUGGAAACGGCGCCUGAGCCGUGGUCCACACAGCCCACAGGAGAGUAAGGGGCUGGGCGACCGUGCCCGAGUGAGCAGGGCCAAGCCCUGGACAGGCGCCGCCGGGCCCCUGGCGCCCUUGUCUCCCGCCGUUACUUCCCGGCCUCACCCGCAGCGUCCAUUGGCGGCCUCGCCGAGAGGCCCGGCUGAGGUUGGUGUGUCCUUUGCGGACAUUGCCCUGUACUUCUCCAGGGAAGAAUGGUGCCUCCUCGAUGACAGUCAGAGACGCCUGUACCUGGAUGUGAUGCUGGAGAACUUUGAACUAUAUCCUCGCUGGAAGCUCCCGGUCUCGGCGCCGGUGGAGAUGCGGGGCUUGGGAAGGCACCUGAGCCGUGGUCCACACAGCCCACAGGAGAGUAAGGGGCUGGGCGACCGUGCCCGGGUGAGCAGGGCCAAGCCCUGGACAGGCGCCGCCGGGCCCCUGGCGCCCUUGUCUCCCGCCGUUACUUCCCGGCCUCACCCGCAGCGUCCAUUGGCGGCCUCGCCGAGAGGCCCGGCUGAGGUUGGUGUGUCCUUUGCGGACAUUGCCCUGUACUUCUCCAGGGAAGAAUGGUGCCUCCUCGAUGACAGUCAGAGACGCCUGUACCUGGAUGUGAUGCUGGAGAACUUUGAACUUAUAUCCUCGCUGGGUUGCUGUUGUGGAGCAGAGGAUGAGGAAGCACCAAUUGAACAGAAUUUUUCUGCAAAAAUGUCACAAACGAAGAAUCCCAGGUUAGCUUUAUGUUCCAGGAAGCGGCACCCUUGUGAGAGUUGUGGGCCUGUCUUGAGAGACAUUUUUCACUUUAUUCAGGAGCAUGAAACACAACAUAGCCUUAAACUGCUGAGGUGUGGGGCCUGUGCAAAACGAUUUUAUUUCAGUACAAAGUCUCACCAGUACCAGGAGCACUGUGUGGGAGAGAAGCCUUUCAUAAGAGUUGUGGACAGGAUGUCAGUUGCAAAGGACAGCAAUUUUGAUGUGUCACAGAAGAUUUUAACCUGUGUAGAGGUUGGGCAGGACAUCAAUGCAAGGUCAGGACAUCUCCAACAACAGGCCACACACACCAGGGACAGGCCAAUUGUAAUCUCAACAUCUGGGGUGAGUACUGGAAAAAGAAAACGUUAUUCUGCCCUCAGCCAUUAUCAGAGAGGUCACCCUGGAGAGAGAUGUUAUGAGUGCAGUGAAUGUAAGAAAUCUUUUACCAGUAGCACCGGCCUUCGUUAUCAUCUCAGAAUUCACACUGGGGAGAGGCCUUACUCAUGCAGUGAAUGUGGGAAAACGUUUACCAGUAGCACUGGACUUUGUUAUCAUCAGAGUGUUCACAGACGUGAAAGGUCUCAUGAAUGCAACGAAUGUGGGAAAUCUUUUACCAGAAUCAGCGUUCUUCGUUGUCAUCAGAGAGUGCACACAGGAGAAAGGCCUUAUGAGUGCAGUGAAUGUGGGAAAUCUUUUUCCAGUAGCACUAAGCUCCUUUAUCAUCAGAGAGUUCACACUGGAGAAAGGCCUUAUGAGUGCAGCGAAUGUUGGAAAUCUUUUACCAGUACUACUGGCCUCCGUUAUCAUCAGAGAUCUCAUGCUGGAGAAAGGCCUUAUGAAUGCAGUGAAUGUGGGAAAUCUUUUUACAGUAGCAGUAAUCUCCAUUAUCAUCAGAGAAUUCACACUGGAGAAAGGCCUUACGAGUGCAGUGAAUGUGGGAAAUCUUUUAUCAGUACGACUGGCCUCCGUAUUCAUCAGAGAGUUCACACUGGAGAAAGGCCUUAUGAGUGCAGUGAAUGUGGGAAAUCUUUCUCCAAUAGCACUAGCCUCCAUUAUCAUCAGAGAGUUCACACUGGAGAAAGGCCUUAUGAGUGCAGUGAAUGUGGGAAAUCUUUUACCAGUAAUACUGGCCUCCGGUAUCAUCAGAGAGUCCAUGCUGGAGAAAGGCUUUAUGAGUGCAGUGAAUGUGGGAAAUCUUUUUACAGUAGCAGUAAUCUCCAUUAUCAUCAGAGAGUUCACAGUGGAGAAAAACCUUACGAGUGCAGUGAAUGUGGAAAAUUAUUUUCCAGCAGCGUUGGCUUUCGUCAUCAUCAGAGAGUUCACACAGGAGAAAGGCCUUAUGAGUGCAGUAAAUGUGGGAAAUCUUUUACCAGAAUUGAUUACCUUCGUUACCAUCAGAAACGUCACACUGGAGAGGGGCCUUAUUAAUGUAGUGAAUGUGGGAAAUCUUUUGCCCGUAAUACUGGCUUCCGUUAUCAUCAGAGAGUCUAUGCUGGAGAAAGGCCUUAUGAAUGCAGUGAAUGUGGGAAAUCUUUUGCCCGUAAUACUGGCUUCCGUUAUCAUCAGAGAGUUCACACUGGAGCAAGGCCUUAUGAAUGCAGUGAAUGUGGGAAAUCUUUUGCCCGUAAUACUGGCUUCCGUUAUCAUCAGAGAGUUCACACAGGAGAAAGGCCUCAUAAGUGCAGUGAAUGUGGGAAAUCUUUUUCCAGGAGCACUAAGCUCCUUUAUCAUCAGAGAGGUCACACUGGAGAAAAGCCUUAUGAAUGCAGCGAAUGUUGGAAAUAUUUUACCAGUACUACUGGCCUCCAUUAUCAUCAGAUAAUCUCCAUUACCGUCAAGAGGAUUCACACUGGAGAAAGGCCCUACUAGUGCAGUGAAUGUGGAAAAUCUUUUAUCGGUACAACUAGCCUCCGUUAUCAUCAGAGAGUUCACACUGGAGAAAGGCCUUAUGAGUGCAUUAAAUGUGGAAAAUCUUUUUCCAGUAGCAUUGGCUUUCAUCACCAUCAGAGAGUUCACACAGGAGAGAGGCCUUAUGUGUGCUGUGAAUAUGGGAAGUCUUUUUGCAGCAGCAGUGUCCUCCGUUACUCUCUCUGAAAUCAGUAUGAUUAAAGACAAAUGUGGAUUUCUGUCACCUCUGAGAUGUUCAUGUAGGGCCACUGAUGCCCUGGUAAAGAAAGUAAAAUAAAAAUUGUAUAAUUGAGGGAUGUUGCUAUUUGGACCAAUCCAUCAGUGAUGCUGGUGUCAGUGAGGGGAGGUGGUUUUGUUUUUUUAUCUUUUAAGAUUUUAUUUAUUUGUUUGUAGAGAGAUGGGAAGAGGGGGAGAGAAACAUCAUCUAAUUGCCCUUCAUAUGUGCCCCACCAGGGACCUGGCCCACAACCCAGGCAUGUACCCUGACUGGGAAUCAAACCGGCAACCCUUCGGUUCACAGGCUGGCACUCAGUCGACUGAGUCACCAUAGCCAGGGGGUUUCACUGAGUUUUAAUUGACUGUAUUUACUGUCACUGAGGCAAAGUCUCUCUCAGAGCACAUACAAACAUGAGUUGAAUAUAAAGUUUCUAAAUCUAUUUUCCAAAAAGUUGACUAUACAAAUCUAUAAAAUCUUGAAUCAUUUUUAUGUUUAAGUAUAUUUUAUUAUGUCAUUAAAAUUGUCCCAUUUUUUUUUCUCUCCUUCAUCCCCCUCUACCUUGCACCCCUCCUGCCUCCAGCAUUCCCCUCAGCCCCAUCAUUCAUGUCCCUGGGUUGUACAUAUAAAUUCUUUGGUUUCUCCAUUUCCUAUAUUAUUAAUCUCCCCCCGUCUAGUUUGUACCUAACCAUUAUGCAUUUUAUCCCCUGUACCUUUUUCAGACUCCAUUCUCUCCCUCCUCCCUGCUGAUAACUCUCCAUGUCAACUCUAUUGUCCAUCUAUAAUUCUGUACCUGUUGUAGUUGUUUGCUUAGUUUUUUAAAAGAUGAUACUUAUUUUUAGAGAGAGGGAAAGGGGAAGAAACAGAGAGGGAGAGAAACACCCUUGUGUGGGAGACAAGCAGUUGCCUCUCACAUGCCCGAAACCAAGGACUUGGCCUGCAACCCAAGCAUGUACCCUGACUGGGAAGGGAACUGACAACCAUUCGGUUCCCAGGCCAGCACUCAAUCCACUGAGCCACACCAGUCCAGGGCUGUGUGCCUGGCUCUUAGCUUAGUUUUUGUUUCAAAGAUUUUAUUUAUUUUUAGACAGAGGAGAAGGGACGGAUAAAGAGAAGGAGAGAAAACUUGUGCCCCCUGCUGGGGGCCUGGUGCAAACCCAGACGUGUGCCCUGACUGGGAAUCAAACCAGCGAACCUUUGGUUUGCAGGCCAGUGCUCAGUCCACUCAUUUAGCCACACCAACCAUGGCUGAGUUUGUUGUCAUUUUACUGUUCAUAGUUCUGAUCUUUUCCUUAAAUAAGUCCCUUUAACAUUUCAUAUAAUAAGGACUUGGUGAUGAUGAAUGCCUUUAGCUUUACCUUAUCUCAGAACCACUUUAUUUGCCUUUACAUUCUAAAUGCUACCUUUGCUGGAUAGAGUAAUCUUGGAUGUAGGCCCUUCCUUUUCAUGACUUUGAAUACUUCUUUCCAGCCCUUUCUUGCUUGUAAGAUUUCUUUUGAGAAAUCAGCUGAUAGUCUUAUGGGAACUCCUUUGUAGUAGGUAACUCUCCCCUUUUCUCUUUCUGCUUUGAAGAUUCUCUCCUUAUCUUUAAUUUUGGAUG